AGCAGGGGUGUGCAUGUGACCCCAAGAGGCCAGGACAGGUAGGCGCACAUGCCACAUCCCCCGCGAGCAACUACUACCAUGGCAUCCUCCCCUCCACCUCCUCGCCAGGAAGAGGACCAGCAACGGGAAGAAGGGCACCACCAUGGCGACGGAGGCGACGACGACCAGAUCACCACACCGCUCCUGGUGGAAGCGGCGACGACGUCGUCGCCGUCGCCGUCGGAGGGAGACGAUCCAGAGAACUCGCCGAUCGAGCAGGUGGCGCUGACGGUGCCGGUGGGCGACGACCCGUCGACGCCGGUGCUGACGUUCCGGAUGUGGGUGCUGGGCACGGCGUCGUGCGCGCUGCUGUCGUUCCUGAACCAGUUCUUCUGGUACCGCAAGGAGCCGCUGACCAUCACGGCCAUCUCGGCGCAGAUCGCGGUGGUGCCGCUGGGCCGCCUGAUGGCGGCGGCGCUCCCCGCGCGCGCCGUGCUCCGCGGCACCCGCUGGGAGUUCUCGCUCAACCCGGGCCCCUUCAGCGUCAAGGAGCACGUGCUCGUCACCAUCUUCGCCAACUCCGGCGCCGGCACCGUCUACGCCAUCCACGUCAUCACCGCCGUCCGCGUCUUCUACGGCAAGCACAUCACCUUCUUCGUCUCCCUCCUCGUCGUGCUCACCACCCAGGUGCUGGGGUUCGGCUGGGCGGGAAUAUUCCGGCGGUACCUGGUGGAGCCGGCGGCGAUGUGGUGGCCGUCUAACCUCGUGCAGGUCUCCCUCUUCAGGGCGCUCCACGAGAAGGAGCGGCGCGUGAAGGGAGGCAUGACGCGGAACCAGUUCUUCCUGGUGGCAUUCGUCUGCAGCUUCGCCUACUACGUCUUCCCGGGCUACCUGUUCCAGAUGCUCACCUCCCUGUCGUGGCUCUGCUGGGCGUUCCCGCGCUCCGUGGUGGCGCAGCAGCUGGGGUCGGGGCUGAGCGGGCUGGGCGUGGGCGCGGUGGGGCUCGACUGGUCCACCAUCUCCUCCUACCUCGGAAGCCCGCUCGCCAGCCCCUGGUUCGCCACCGCCAACGUGGCCGCCGGCUUCGUCCUCAUCAUGUACGUCAUCACGCCCGCCGCGUACUACUGGCUCGGCCUGUACGGGGCGCGCAGCUUCCCCAUCUUCUCCGACGGGCUCUUCACCGCCGCCGGGCAGACGUACAACAUCUCCAGCAUCGUGGACUCCAACUUCCGGUUCGACACCGAGGCAUACGAGCGCAACGGCCCGCUCUACCUCAGCACCUUCUUCGCCGUCACCUACGGGGUCGGCUUCGCGUCCCUCACCGCCACGGUUGUGCACGUCUUCCUCUUCCACGGGAGCGAGAUCUGGCAGCUGAGCAGGUCAGCGUUCCAAGAGAAGAAGGUGGACGUGCACACGAGGCUGAUGAGGAGGUACAGGCAGGUCCCCGAGUGGUGGUUCAUCUGCAUCCUCGUCGCCAACGUCGCCGUCACCAUAUUCGCCUGCGAGUACUACAUCGAGCAGCUCCAGCUGCCCUGGUGGGGCGUCCUGCUCGCCUGCGCCAUCGCCUUCUUCUUCACCCUCCCGAUAGGGAUCAUCACAGCGACGACGAACCAGACUCCAGGCCUGAACAUCAUCACCGAAUACAUCAUGGGGUACCUGUACCCGGGCCGUCCCGUCGCCAACAUGUGCUUCAAGGUGUACGGCUACAUCAGCAUGACGCAGGCGCUGGCCUUCCUGCAAGACUUCAAGCUGGGCCACUACAUGAAGAUCCCGCCGAGGACCAUGUUCAUGGCGCAGGUGGUGGGGACGCUGAUCGCGGCGCUCGUGUACAUCGGGACGGCGUGGUGGCUCAUGGACAGCGUCCCCAACAUCUGCAGCACGGAGCUGCUCCCCGCCGACAGCCCCUGGACGUGCCCCAUGGACCACGUGUUCUACGACGCGUCCGUCAUCUGGGGCCUCAUCGGCCCGCGCAGGAUCUUCGGCGACCUCGGCACCUACUCGGCGGUCAACUGGUUCUUCCUGGGCGGCGCCGUCGCGCCCCUCCUCGUGUGGCUCGCGCACCGGGUGUUCCCGAGCCAGAGCUGGAUCCUGCUCGUCAACAUGCCCGUGCUCAUCGGCUCCACCGGCAUGAUGCCGCCGGCCACCGCCGUCAACUACACCACGUGGAUCAUUGCCGGGUUCCUGUCGGGGUACGUGGUCUACAGGUACCGGCGUCACUGGUGGGAGCGCCACAACUACCUGCUCUCUGGCGCGCUCGACGCUGGCCUGGCGUUCAUGGCCGUGCUCAUCUACCUGUGCUUGGGCUUGGAGAACGUCGGCCUCAACUGGUGGGGCAAUGAUCUGGACGGGUGCCCUCUCGCCUCUUGUCCCACUGCCAAAGGUAUCGUUGUUGAGGGCUGCCCGGUGUAUACAUGAGGAAUUGAGAACCCAUGCAUUCGGAGAAGAGAACAUGGCAAUGCAAGUGGACAAGUGUCUCAAGAGCAAUGUAAAUAAUUUAUCUUUUCAAACAAUUUAGGGAUGGGAAAUUGGUGUUCCUUUCAUUGUAAAAUGGCUGGUAAUUACGGCUAUUCCAGCUCGGAAUCAAAUUUAUUCCGUGGUACAAC